UGGAACGCAGCAUUAGUCUCCCCAAACCCAACCAACGCCUGCUGGCCUCUCCCCGGGGGGUCUACGCGCUGCGAGCCGCGCAGCUCGUUUCGCUGCUAUGCUUCCGUCUCUUCCAGUUUUGUUUUGGCGUUUCAAAAUGAAACCAGUCUGUAGUUGACGUGUCGCGGAGAAAACCGGCGAAAUGGAGAUUACUCGGGCAAGGCCGUCCUUGUUUGGAGACAUCGCUCAUGGUCUAGGAUUCUGGACUGACCGCUCGGCAGUGCACGAGGCUGCCGCACAAGGAAGGACGCUGCAGCUGCAGCAGCUCAUCCAGGGAGGAGCCGCGGUCAACAUAGUGGCUGUGGACUCCAUCACCCCGCUGCAUGAGGCCUGCAUACAGGGACAGACACAAUGCGUCAGACUGCUGCUGGAUGCAGGUGCUCAGGUGGAUGCGCGGAACAUCGAUGGCAGCACCCCGCUGUGCGACGCUUGUGCCGCUGGGAGCCUCGAGUGUGUCAAGUUGCUCUUGGAGUACGGAGCGACAGUCAACCCUCCGCUUUUCACCUUCUCCCCCCUUCACGAGGCCUGCAUGGGAGGUAAUCCAGAUUGUGUUCAAUAUAUGAUCGAUGAAGGAGCUUUCAUGGAGGCUCACGACUGUCACUUUGGAACCCCGCUCCACGUGGCGUGCGCCCGGCAACAUUACAACUGUGCAAAAGUGCUCCUCAAUGCAGGCGCUAAUGUGAACGCUGCAAAGCUGCAUGAGACAGCCCUGCAUCAUGCAGCCAAAGUAAAGAACGUCGAGCUGAUCGACCUGAUUGUGGAGUUUGGUGGGAAUGUUUACGCCAGAGACAACCUCGGCAAAAAACCCAUUCACUACACUGGCACAGCAUCGCCGUCCCACCUCUGCCUGGAGUUUUAUGAGGGUACGCCCCUCACUCUUCAACAGAUAUGCAGAGUGGCGAUGAGGAAGGCUCUCGGCACAAAGGCUCUUCAAGUCCUUUCCAAAUUGGGCUUGCCCACUCGCAUCAUAAACUUUCUCUCUUACAUGCCACCACCGGUUAUCGAACUUUGUUGUCUUUAACAAGCUUUGGAAG